AAAAGAUUGGCGGUCGUAAAAUUGACAGUAGAAGCAGAGGUUUCGGUCCAAAAGCGCGAGUUAGCGGUCCAUAUUAUUAUUAUUCCUCCUCGUCUUCGCCUCUUCCUCUUCCUCUUCAUUUGAUGUUUUUUAUGGCGUUAAAUUUCUCGCUCUUCUGGCUAAUUUGCCACCAAUUUCUCAAUUUCCAUUGAGACCCACUUCAAUUUACCUAUAUCAAGUUUUUUUUUAAAAAAUUAAUUUCCUUAAAUGAUUAUGAUGGAGGAGGGAUCGCAGAGGGCAUUGAUGAGGAACUUGCAGAAGGAGCAAGAGAGAGAACGGCGUCGUAUUAGGGAUAGGCAAAGAAGACAAUCUAUGAGUGUUGAAGAGAGGGAAAAGCAUCUCGCUAGACGGCGUAGAAACUACCAACUCCGUCGUCAGAGAGCUGAAAAUGCCCGCUUAGACCCUCGAUUCAACCAGAAAACAGCCGCUGUCACCAGCACCAUUAUCACCAAUUCCGUCUCCCCUAUCAAAAUUGAGGAAUACGCACCAAUAUUUUCCGUCUCAAAUGUUAAUGUUAGUGCCCAAUGCAACACUGGUCUCAUUUCAGGGCACAGUAAUUGUAUAGGUUUGGAAAUUCCUGCCAAUAAAUUAGCAAUAGUACCUAGAAGAUUGCGUUUAAACCAUUUGAAACAUCUGGCGAGAUCACUUGAUGAUCCUGUGGGUAUUUCUAAUAAUAAUCACAGCAUUUCUGUAGAUUUGAUCAUUAAAGGAAACGAAAAUGCAAAUUCCAGUUGUGUGCCUUUAAAAGGGUUAAGAUUAAAUCGUGUUAAACGGCUUGCCCGGUCAUUAAAUUCUGAUUUAGAGAAGGGUACAAGUGAAAAUCAUCAAACCAUAAUGGAAGUGGGCAGGAAUCUGCCGACCCGAGAACUUCAGCCUCAACUGCUGAGUAUGAGUAACAGUCUGUCUAAAGUUGAUCAACCUUACAGUGUUAGAUGUGGAAAUGAAUGAUUCUGCUCCAUUGAUGAAUGUGCUUCCCUUCUAAGCUAUUGGAGGAAGAUGAGGAUUGAAAUUCACUAAGCUCCUUGUCAUUUUAUCUCGAUUAAAUACACG